GCAAAGGGAGUUGUGGGAGACAUGAUUGGCCUCCAAUUUCACAGUCACGUGGAUCGAGCGUUAGAAAUUUGGCAAAAUCCAUAUCUUACAGGGUCUUAUUUGUAAAAACAAUUCUUUAAUUAAUCGAAGAUGAAGGAAAACCCCUAACCCCCAUCUUUCCAUCUCGCCAAACCCUAGCCAUUUCCAUCGGGGGAGAAGAUGCUGCGAAACCCUAGUUCCUCCUCGAGCCUGAUCGCCUCCCUCAAAACCCUGAUCCCGUCCUCCAGCCACCAGCUCCUUCAGCGCUCUCCGGUGAGCGGCACUGCCAAGGGCAAGGGCAAGCUCAAGUCCGGCCAGCCCCUGAAGCGCUCCACCGUCCGCAGGAAGCAGCCUGGCGGCGGCGACUCCUCCCCUUCCCGUGGAGGCGGCCGCGCGCGGAACGAGGCCAUCGAGCGCCUCAACCGCAUGGUCGACUCCUGCCUCAACGCCCCCACCCCGGUCCGCCACCUCACCGCCAAGGAGCGCGCCCGCGAGGCCGAGCGCGAGAGGCUCGGCCUCAUCUCCAAAGAGCGCCAGCGCGAGAUCGACCAGCAGAAGGCGCGCGCUAAGGGCCGCAGCGCCGCCCCCGAGGAGGAGCCCAUCAUCAUGGGGACCCCAGGGCUGGAUCUCAUCACCCUGGGCCUCGUCGACAAGGAGACCAUCCCAAAGUACGAGCUUACGGUGGAGGAUGGUCGCCGGCUCGCCAAGGAAUACAGCCGGGUGCUGAUGCGGAAGCACCGGGCCCGGCAGGCGGCGGAGACGACGCUCCUCCGGCUCAAGAAGGAGGCCAUCGCCGCCCUGCCGGACCACCUCCGGGAGGCGGCGCUGGUCCCGGACUUCACGCCCUUCCCGGCGAACCGGUACAUGGCCACGCUAACGCCGCCGAUUGAGGGCUACAUCGAGAAGGUCAGGGAGGCUGCCAAGAAGUACACUGUGAAGGAGAAGCUACGGUGAAGAAACGAGUUCUUCUUUUUCUCGAAACAAACGAGGUUUCUUGAGCUCAGAGAUUAUGGAUUUCUUUUUAAUAUUUGAUCUCUGAUGAAUGGUUGGAGUUCCUUAAUCUAUUCUCUUGCAUUCUGAUGUUUUAGUUGAAGGAUUUUGAAGCACGAUGCUGCAUAAAUCUCGAAAUGGGUUCUCUUUUGGAAUUUCAUUAAUUAAUAAGAUGUUAAACCUUUUGCAACUCCUACAACUUGGAUAUCGGUUAUGUCUUAGGUGUUACAAGUUGAAUACAAGAUGUCAUGGUCAAAUAACUGGUGUAAAUAUCUUGUGUCUCUGCAUCGAUGUGAAAAUGUGAUUAGAUGCAUGUUUCGCAACAUCACUGGCUUUGAUGGUGGAAAGUUUCAACUUAGAAUUCUGGAAAGGGAUUCCUAUUUUAUGGA